AGGAACUUGCAGUGUCUGUGGUAACGCGGCCUGAUAAACAGACUGGCUGAGCAGCACGAGCCCGCCCGCCUGCGCUAUAUAAAGCAGCGGGGCUGUGGGCGAGCAGACAGUCGCCCCAUGAGGACCAUGCGAGGAGCAGCCAUCCCCGCGCCCAGGUUGCACAAAAUGCCCGGAAUGCUCUUCUCCGCUCCCCCGAAGGAGCUGCAAGGCACAGAUCAUUCGCUGCUGGAUGACAAGACGCAGAAAAGGAGGCCCAAGACCUUCGGAAUGGACGUGAAGGCAUACCUGAGAUCCAUGAUCCCACAUAUGGAAUCUGGGAUGAAACCGUCCAGGUCCAAGGACAUGCUCUCUGCUCAUGAAGUGCUGCAGUGGUCUCAAUCUCUGGAGAAACUUCUUGCCAACCGAGCUGGUCAAGACGUUUUCGGCAGUUUCCUAAAGUCUGAGUUCAGUGAGGAGAACAUUGAGUUCUGGUUGGCUUGCGAGGACUACAAAAGAACCGAGUCUGAUCUCCUGCAUGGCAAGGCAGAGAAAAUAUACAAAGCCUUUGUGCAUUCAGACGCUGCUAAACAAAUCAAUAUUGACUUUCACACUCGAGAAUCUACAGCCAAGAAGAUCAAAGCUCCGACCCCCACGUGUUUCGACGAAGCGCAGAAAAUCGUAUACACCCUUAUGGAGAAGGACUCGUACCCCAGGUUCCUCAAGUCGAAUAUAUACUUAAAUCUUCUCAAUGACCUUCAAGCGAAUAGUCUAAAGUGACCAUUUCCCGGCUGGAGGGAAUUAUAGAUGGUAUCGAGUACCCAGAAGGAAUGUUCCCGGAUGGCUCCCUGGGUGAGCACCUUGGCCUUCGGGGGUGACUGGACAGGCCCGGGGAGAGGCGAAAGCACUCACAAUGGAUUAACGUGGACGCUAUCCAGACGUGGGGCUGAAGAAGGUCCGGGUGGAAAAUGAGAGCCAGUGGAAGGAAGGAGGCACUUUGGUACUGUCGUGACAUAGACUGACUUACGGACUAGAAAACUCCUCAGAACUGACCGGGCUGGGUCAUCCCAGCUACACAGAAACUGUGAACAAAGGUUGGAAACUGAUUAAGACAUGCUAUCAGCUUCAAGGUCAACGGAUUUCUAUGCUGCAUAUUAUUCUACAGAGACUGUCUUGAGCUGCUGAAAUCUCUUUCAUUCGGAUGACUUUUGAGAUCACCAUUGACACAAAGUGGUGUUAGUGUUGUCUUGUUGUGCGAUUGCUUUGGGCUUGAAAGGGAUGAAGAAAAGGACGAUGUAUUUAAUUUAAGCUAUUGCUCUUAAAACUGGGAAGUCAGGAUAUAUUUGUUAAUUAAAUUAUCAGUGUCCAUAAUAAACGUGUUUUCUAUUAAAAUACAUACAAGUGGUUCCUUUUUU